GAUUAGGCCUUGGAAGCUAUCCCUCUCAUUCCCAUACACAUGGCCUUGUCCUACAUUUAUUGCGCAUCAUUCAUUCUACUCUUCCCGGAGUCUUCCUCAUACUUUGCAACUCAGCAAAAAACCACGAGGUAAAGGACUGCAGAAUGGUAGAGCCUAUUGGAAUUACCGGAACGUCUAUCACGAUUGUCGGACUACUAUAUAACACCUGUCAAGCCGUCUGCAACAUCAUCAGCUCCUACAAGAAGGCCCCGAAGGAAUACCAGGAUUUAAGGAUAGGAUUCCAGAAUCUUCAGGAUGCGCUUGGAUCUCUAAAGGAGUCGCUGUCAAGUGUUCAGAGUUCGACCCUAUCUCCAGAACAACAGGAUAGCUUGGCAGAAAUAGAGCGGCCACUCGCAACCUGCAGCGUUGCUUGUGAAAGCUUCCAAGCAGAACUAUCAAAUGUGGCUUCACACUCCACCCAAGACCAAACUGCAUUCUGGGAUAGGCUCUGUCUUCGUUUCAACGAGAGUGACGUAGCCUUCCUACAAGACAAACUCAUUUCGACAAAGGCCACCAUCCUCGUUGCGUUGGGUGUGUUGAACUUGAGAACAUCCACCGACAAUCAAAUCGCCUUCAGAGACUUUCAGGACUCUACUGUAGUGGCGAUGAGUGAAUUUUCCGGGAGAGUUGAGGCACUCAACCUCGCCAUAAACUCACUUUCAGUAACGGGCGUGAGCAUCACGCCGGAGGUUUUACGGGUAGUUCAACGAACUCUGGGCGAGCAUGGAGAUCUCUUGAAACAGUGCUUAACCUUUUGCGCAACUGCGCUCAAUGGUGCUAAUGCUGCAGUGCCUGGACGGCGAGUGAAGCAUGCGAAAGCGGUGGAACAUGCCCGGCAGAUAGUUAGCGAUCUAAACUAGGCCCUUCGUGAUCUGGUUUGCCCUCGGUGGUGGUAUAGGCUUCUGAAGCUAACAAUGCAUUUCAAGUGAUUGGCAAUAUCAAUUAUUCCAGCAUGGAUUCAAACGCUUUCGAUCUCUUGGCUGGUAAGUGACGGUAGGCAUAGCUUUGGAAAAGCUAGAACAAGUUCGGGUAUUCAUCAAGCCUUACAAUCAAUCCAGUGAUCCUUUGGUGUAAUGGACCUGAAUGUUGUUUGACGUUGAUUGAGGCGAACACGAUAGGACGUGUCUCCAUUAGGCAGUUUGUCGACCGUGAUUGAUGGCCACUACUAACCUCACCAUUAAUUGAACAUUUCAAGGCCGUGAGCGGAUCAAAGAGCGACUCUUGAGCCAUGUACUCGUAUAUAAAGCAUAACAUACAUCCAAGACCAUUGAGCCAAGUCCUCCCGGAAAGAUGGUAGAAUAAGAAAGCUAACCGAUAUAGAGG